UUAGCUACUUCUCAAAGUUUGCGGAAGUUUAUUUAUUUUUUUAAUACACAGCUGAAGUAAACCACCAAGAGGGUUAAAACAGUACGAGGCGUUAUUUUGGAUUGUGUGACUCAAUAGAUGGACCUCCGUUCAGAGAAAAUACAGCGGAUUCUCUCCAAGUAUAAAUUCCACGAUGUCGCUGUUGAGGAGCUGCAGAAAAUCCAUCGCAUCUACCCUGGGAUGGUACCAUCCACAGGCACAUACACAUUUACUGACAGCACCCAAAAAGAUCUCCUGAAAUUGAUUGGUAACCUCCCAGUCCAGUAUGAAGGCCACACAUACAACUUCCCCAUUCAGCUGUGGCUGAUGGACUCAUUCCCCUUCACUCCUCCCAUAUGUCUCCUGAGACCAACCGCUAACAUGGUCAUCAGGGAGGGCAAGCAUGUUGACGCUCGAGGAAGGCUCUACCUGCCGGGGCUGCACAACUGGGAUUAUCCCAAGUCUUCUGUGGUGGGUCUUCUGGCUGAGAUGAUUGCCAAGUUUGAGGAGGAGCCCCCACUGUCCUCAAAGACCACAGGAGAAAAUAAGGACCCCCAUGACCUUCUGGCUUUUGUCUCUAACCUCCAGAUCAAUGAUGGUGGAAUCAGACAUCAUGAUCAACCAAUCAACAAAGUGUCUGUUAUCGGGGGAGGAGAUUUAGGAAUGGCAUCAGUGAUGAGCAUUUUAUCAAAGUGUAAAGUGGAUAAACUGGUUUUCAUUGACGUCGCGGAGAGUUCCACCAAGGGCGGCAGCACAGAUCUAGAGAUUUUCAAUCUGCCCAAGGUUGAGGUGUCCAGAGAUUUUUCAGCGUCUUCGGACUCCAAGGUUGUGGUGGUGACAGCGAAUGCAUGGAGCAGCGAGCAGUCGUAUGUAAGCGUGGUUCAGACUAACGUGGACUUGUACAGAGGAAUUAUUCCAAAUUUGGCACGUCUCAGUCCCAACGCAGUAAUGCUCAUCGCUUCACAACCAGUGGACAUCAUGACCCACGUUGCCUGGAGGCAGAGUGGCCUGCCGCCGACUCGGGUGAUCGGAGCAGGGUGUAACCUGGACUCAGAGCGACUCAGUCACAUUCUGGAUAUUAACCUGAACACUCACAAACCAGCCUGGGUCAUAGGAGAGCUUUCAGACAACAAAGUUGCAGUGAUGAGUAACACUGGGCUGAGCUCCAGUGUGCAGCCAGAGAUUGCAUCAGGAUCCAGCGCUACCAAGCCACUGUUAGACAGAGGGUUUGAGAUGAUGAAGAAUCGAGGUCAGCGGUCCUGGUCUAUGGGUCUGUCUGUUGCUGACAUCACAAACAGUGUCCUGACAGAUAAGAUGAAGACCCACUCCGUCUCCACACUGGCUCAGGGUUGGGGUGGCAUAGGCACAGAGGUGUUCCUCAGCCUGCCGUGCAUCAUGGGAUCAAACGGUUCCACGCGCUUGGCCGGAGUGUCGCUCGGACAGGAGGAAGACUCCAAACUGAGGGACAGCGUCGUCUCCCUUUCCAACCUCAUGGGUCAGCUGAGGAUAUGAAGGAUCCAGUGGUACUCCCUAAGUUUUGGCUUCACUCACCAGUCUGAGAGCAGCAGAUGCUUACUGGCAGGGCGGUUUUCCAGUCAACACACCCUCAGCAGAUGGACUGUGCUCGUGCUGAAGUUGAAUGCAGUUUCAGUUAGCUGCUUACACUGGAAUGUUGAAUUUUAUGGACAAACUCGCUGUCUUUAAUAUGGAUAAUUUAAUCAUAAGAUUUGUUUCUAUAUUGUCGUUGGAUACUGUGUAUUACAUGUGGGUAAAAAUAAUCUGAAAUAACAAUGCAUAGAUUGCAUUUUUGCAUUUAAAUAUAACAGAAUUGAGAAAUGAUGCUUUGUCUCAUACAAAAUAUGCAAUUUGGAACAUUACAUGAAUGCAGUUAUAUUUUUUGAAAGCCAUGAUCUAUCAAAAAGCAUCUUUAGAAUAAUGAUGCUUGUGGCUUUGAAGAACUAUAUUUUUGUCAUUAACAGCUAAAGUUCAAUUUGACCUAGACUACUUUUACCAAAGAUGUGAUAAUGGAAUUAUUUUUUUGUACUAACCAAUCUUUAAUUCUUUUGGAGAAAAUCAGGGGGUUGGCAGAUGAGGCAUGUAUAUUAUAUAUAGAACAGGGUGUUGGUGUGGAGUCGAUACAUGGAUGAUGAAGUACAGCUCGUAUAUUUUAAUGGACGUCUUAUUAUAUUUAAUGACAAUAUACCUUUGCAGAAUAUUUAAGUCGCCUUUGCUCUUACGUUUGUUUACUUUAUGUUACAUAAGCAAGAACCUAAGAUAUGUACAGUGAGACUACACAAUUCUGUGGGUGUGCAAUAAAUAUCUGAAACCA